AUGGACCCCAUCAGUGCUGCCGGUAUAGGCUUGGGCGUCACAUCGCUCUCGCUCCAAGUAUUUUCAGGAUGUAUCAAGGGAUAUCAGAUGUUUAUUGAAAUGUUGGGAAUGCCUGCCGAGUUUGAGCAUCUUCGCACCCGGCUCAGGAUCGAACAAUCACGAUGUCUGCUGUGGGGAGAGAAGAUAGGCCUGGUCGAGGAACUACUUGACAGACCACGGGGGAUGCUGCAGAUGAAUCACAAUCUGGUCCUGGACAUGCUGCAUCAGAUUCAAACAACGUUCAGGGCGUGCAUUGAAACCACGUCGGCGUUCGACCAUGUGGCGGCGGACAGAAACUCAGAAGCACAGAGAAAUACAACAGAGAGUUGGACCAAACCAAAAUCGACAUUUCUUAGAAAGACUCUCGCAGUAUGGGAAAGGAGCGGAAGAGUUGCCGCAAGACUCGAGUGGGCAAUGCUGAAAAAGGACAGCUUCGAGAAGCUGGUCACAAGACUGGUCCAGUACAACGAACGCAUCGAAUCAUUUCUAGAUCGCAGUGCGCUCGAAGACCUUCGGACGAUGCAGGCUCAGCAUAACCUAGCCUUGCUGCAGAUGACGGACAGGAUCGACCAGAUCCAAGACCUGAUCCGUGCCAUGAGUGUGGUUCGCAGAAGCCCAGCCGGCGAUUCCGACCUCGACAGCCUCUUCUCUAGAGCAGCUACACUUGCUGAAGAGCCGUCUGAUGCGGCGAACCAGUCCGUCGUCUCGCUCGCCGAGUUCAAGAGGCAUCACCUGAGCAUUGAGAUGAACAUGUCACUUGGUGAGACAUUUCUGAUACCGCCCAACGACGUUGAAUUGGAUGGAGCGCCAAAAUAUUCCGGUCGCCAGCUCGCAAAUCUGGACGGGCAGAAGGUGUGGCUCGAGUGGCGGGAGAGCGUCGACGACGCAUUCUCCCAAAAGACGUACAGCUCAACCGUCGAGACCCGGGUCAAGAAACUCUCCGCCAUCCUUGCCGCGCCCGACAGACCGAGGGCAUUCCACUCUCCUCAAUGCCUGGGGUACUACCGCAGCGAGGCGAGCGACAAGCCCGGGUAUGCUCUGGUAUACAAGUGGCCCGUCGAUACGCACGGCCAAAACGCCGACAUGGUGUCGCUCCGCGAGCUUCUCAGCAAGAUGAGUGUCCCGCCGGCGUUCAACACCCGGCUUCAGAUUGCAAAGAUGCUGGCCUCGUCCCUACUGUAUCUCCACGCGGUCGACUGGAUCCACAAGGAUGUGCGUAGCGACAGCAUCCUCUUCGCGGCCGACCCAGACCGCACCAUCAACCUAAAAGAGCCCAUCUUCUCCGGGUUUGAGUUCUCCCGACCGGCGUUGCCGGAAGAGGUCACCGUUUCGCAUCAGUUCUCAGACAAGCAUGAUCUGUACCGGCAUCCGGACCUCCUGACGCUCGGCGCGGGCAGAUCGAAGAAGUCUCACGACAUCUACAGCCUCGGGCUUGUCCUUGCGGAAAUCGCUCUCUGGGAGCCGGUUGAGGACAUUGUGGAUAUCAAGGUGCGCAGGAAGGAGCUCAAGUCGGUAAGGAAGCGCAUGCUGAGUUCCACCGUUUCCUCGUUCCUCGGCGAGCGUGUAGGCUGGAUCUACGCUGACGUUGUGAGGGACUGCAUCGAGGGCGGCCAGGCCCUGGACCUGUUGGCUGGGGACGACGAGGAGGAUCCGGAGACGGGCGUGAGACUUUCCAACGCCUUGCAUGAGAGAGUGAUUCAGAAGCUUGAGUCCAUCAAAGUCUGA